AUGGAUGCCAACGCCGAGUCUGCUAAUUCCGAGAAGAUGUUAAAACCCGCCUGUUCAAUUAGUUCAUUUUUGAGUACGGCAACCACACAAGUAGGAACUUUAUCAGAUCCUCCAGUCAAAGAUGAGCAUCAAGACCAAAAGCCCCUGGAAGCCGACUCCAAAAAAUGUUGGCGAGAGCUUGAAGUUAAGAACAUGUUGCUCUCCGGGGACGAAAAGUCGAUCAGUCGACUCCGUGAGUUCCGUCUUUAUAAUGACGCUUACGCCCAAAUGGAGGGACUUCAACCUUUCUCCUCUCAGAAGGAAAGACUUGUUUUCCCCCAGAGCUGGGAUUGGCGUUUUUCUCAGUCACUUCUUGAGGGCCCGGAGGCUACAGCUGCCAAGCUUGCCAAACAAAGUAUCCGCAGAUUCUCACAAAUUCCUUUUGAAGAGUUGGUUCGAAGGGCGUGUGGACUUCCCUCGCAAGGAAUUGACGAUUUCCUUCGGGAAUACGAGUUCCUCAAAGUGCACGUCUACAGCGCAUUUACUCGAAACAUUGAGCAUCUCGAGCUUUUGGAUCAAUUGAAGGGAUGUCUGAAUGAGAUAGAUGCGGAUCCCUUUGUAUGCACUGCAAUUGAAAGGGUCUGUCAAGGUGUUGUGUCUCAGAGGAAACCACAUGUGCCUUUGACCGAAGAGAAAUCGGAGAAUAUGAAGCCUGAGCUAGACGAACGACUACAGUGGAUCAUCGACCCAUUGCAGCGACUCCUCCAAAGCCCUGACACUGCCCAAAAUGUACUACGGCAACUGAAGAUUUUGAAAAUUCGGUUUUCCAAACUUUACAGAUCCCCUGAAGGAUCUCCUGAAGCCACUUGGGGGGUAUUCAGUACUGAUACACUUUUCUUUGAACAAAUUCAAUGGAGUGACGUGUCUGACCUCGCCAUGGCUCUGUCGAGAAAAGACCAAGAUGUCUUUUCGCAAUGUCUUGUGAACACUUUCUAUGCAAAGGACCGUCAUGCUCGGCGAGCACUAAACGCACGAUGGAAUUGCCUCAGUAUUGCAGUUGAAGAAUGUAUGGUUGCCGAGGUCGAUAUAUCUCGGAAAGUGGAUCAUCUCGCCCAGGAGCUCUACCGUGUUCGCAACUACUAUUCUCUGACUGCCAUCGUCCAGGGUAUCAAAGCAAGUGGCUUGCCGACAAAAGCCUUGAGAAACUUUGGGUACCUGAUCAAUUCUGAACAUAAUUACCAGAGGUAUCAGCUACUCAUGAAACACAUGAACACCAGACCUGGAAUUCACUUCCUCGUUCCUGCAUUGAGUACCGCUGUCAGGGGUAACUUGGAGUUGGCUGAUAUGUCCCAGUACUCCUUCUACGCCGAUUCAGAUCUAGGUCUGAAUCCCGACAUACUUCAUUCCGAUGACAUAUCCGCUCUUAUUAGCAGCCAGACUGUAUUGACAUCUGUGUCGCAAGUUUCAUCUCUAACUGCACCUCUCUCGCUUCCUCGUGUUGGCCCCCCUCUUCAGCAGUACUGGGUCCUCUAUUCCUCUAAGCCUAGUCGGGAGAUGGAUGAAUCCCGGAAGAGCUUUGUAACUUGGUGGCUAAACACAGAGUUUGGAUCAAAGCCAGAUAUACAAGACUCUAUCCGUUGGGAUGGAAAAAAGACGUCUAAUAUAUGGGAUAACUUCAAUCAAGUUGCACAUGAAAAGACUGGCAAGCCAAAAGUUAUGUGUACAACAUGUCUCUGUACCCUUGUUCAUCCAAGAUUCCGCCGUGCUGGUUCAUCGCCAAUGAAUGCACAUAUCAAGGCAGGCUCCUGUACUCGGAAGCCUGUCCAGAAGAUUGAUCAGAUGCUCAAACAAAUGCCGACUUUCCCACAAAACCCAUCCUUCUCCCAGGAGCGUCUAGCAAAAGCGAUACUAGACUUUAUCUCUACCGCUCACCUACCUUUCCGAAUCAUUGAGCAUACCCAAUUCAAGGAUCUAGUAGAGGUUAUCCAACAAGCCCCGAGCAAGGUCAAUAUCCCAUCUGCGCGAAGUAUGCGGCGUUAUCUCGACUCCACAGUCAAAAGCAGCCAAAAAGAGAUUCUUAGAAGGCUUCCAGAUAGGAGUCGCCUUUCAAUAGCCCUUGAUUGCUGGACGUCGCCAUUCCAGCAAGCAUUUAUGGCUGUCACAGGUUAUUUCCUUGAUCAAGAUUGGAAUUACUGUGAAGUUCUUCUUGGAUUUGAGCAUCUUCACGGAUCACAUACGGGUGAGAAUCUAAGUAAGACCGUGAUUCAGCUUCUGACUGAUCAUGAAAUCACCGACCGCGUAUUAUCCGUGACCACAGAUAAUGCAACUAAUAAUAACACCCUGAUGAUGAAUAUCCAAGAGACAAUUCAGUCACAAAGCCGAUCGGAUACGUUGAUCUUCCGAGUUCCAUGUAUUGCGCAUGUGAUCCAGUUAAGCUUGAAUGAGCUUCUUGGGAAGCUGAAAGUGACGCCACCGAAUAAAGAGAUUGAGCUGGAGUGGUCUGAUGAACGAACCCAUUCAUUUCAGACUAAACAAUCUAGCUCAACUAGACAAAUUGCGGAUACUCUAAAAAAGUCUAAGAUCCGAGGUCUUGCUGUGUUUAUUAAUGCAAGCCCACAACGCCGGGAGGCAUUUAUGGCCCUGCAAACUAAGGAGCCUCGUUUGAUCCCUAUCCAAGAUGUCCAAACCCGAUGGAACUCAACCUUUAUGAUGCUUAACCGUGCUAAAAGGCUACAACCAUUUUAUGAUCAGUAUUGUACACAUCAUCAAUAUCUCCACUUCAAACUUGAUCAAGAAGAGUGGCGACAGAUUGAAUAUCUUCUUCUUCUUACCAAGCCUUUCUUUGACUUCACUACUAUGCUAUCAAAGACUAGGGAUGUUACUACACAUAACAUCUAUAGUAUUUAUAACAAGCUUUUCUCUCACCUUGAUGAAGCUGAGAGAAAAUUGAAGAAUAAAGGGGUUAUCUGGAAGAAGAGUAUGCUCCAGGCUCUUCAGACUGCAAAGAAGAAGCUAUCAAAGUAUUACACUGCUACUGAUCAUGAAUCGUACGGUGAAAUAUAUGCACUUGCAACGAUCCUUUGCCCAUCAAAAAAGCUUCGAUAUUUUGCAUCAACAGACUGGCAAGGUGAAAUUGACUACGUCAAACACUACCAUGGAGUCCUUAAGCGAGAGUUUCAUCGAUAUAAAGAUAUGCUUCAUCAUGAUUCAGAUACUAUGGUCGUGCAAGAUGCCACUGGAGAGGCCCGAGAUGACGACUAUUAUGAUCUUGAUACCGCUUGCGCUUCUCAGAACCAGCCACAGGAUAAGCUCUCAAAGCCUGAAGAUGAUGAGAUUGCGAGGUAUCUUGCCCGCGGGAUUGAGAGACAAAAGCCCCGAGCAUUCUGGAAAGAGCAUGAGAACGAGUUUCCUAUUCUUGCAAGAAUGGCACGGGAUAUUCUUUCUAUCCCAGCUAGUGGUGCAGGCGUUGAGCGAUUAUUCAAUUGCGCUCGCGAUAUCUGCCACUAUCGUCGUGGCCAAUUGAAACCAAGUACGAUCCGAGGAUUGAUGCUUCAUCAGCUCGCCACUAAAUUUGAAGUUGAGCAGAAGGAGUUUGAGGUUAUAAAGGAGCAUCUUUCCGCCGGAGAAGCUGUAUUGUUAGAUCAAGCUCGGAAACCAAUACCCCAGCUUGAAACUGUCGAGCCUAUUAGUGAUAAUGAAGAGGAGGAACAAGAGCUAGGCAUUGAGGAUACACAACGGAUAGAAAGCUACGAUGAGAACUCAGAAGACGGGAAGACUGAUAAUCGAAGUAAGCAACUACAGCUUAAACGAUCAAGGAAACGAUUAUCCGAGGCUUCCGAUGACGAUGACGAUGGCCUUCCAGAAAUGCUAAUAGAUGAGGGCAUACAAGGACGGUCGGGGCGGAUUCGGAAGCAACCAAGAUUACCUGAUGGAUUUCAGUUUGAUCUCAGAUAG